UAAAACCAGUGGGAAGGUGCUUCGCCUCACUGCAGGAGCCCAACUGUUUCAUAAAGCUUGUCAUUUGCUUCUACUGGGUUUUUAUUUCUAUUCACUCGGGACGGAGGAUGUCUUUCCCCUCCUCUUUCGGUUCGCAGGUCGCGGCCAUCAUGGAUGUGUUGGCGAAAGCGGCGGUCGCCGAAAUAACGAAGCUGGUGGAGGACGGGAAUGUGAUUCUUCGACUGGAGAUGUGUCGGAGGGACAGCGAGAUUCAGGAGCUUAAAACAAGUUUGAAGCUGAUGGAGGUUGAACUCUGCAACGCUCAGGAAGCAGCCGCAACCCGAGCUACGGAGGACAAACCGGUCCUAACAGCCGGGAAUCAGGUGCCGCGAAAAGAUAAAAACGAAGAUGAGGAAACAUGCGCAGUGUAUCUGGAACCAAAGUCUGCUGAUUCACUGUGCGAGCCGGGCCAUGGAACAGAGGAGAGCCAUGACAUGAGCCCAGCGGUGAAACACGAGCCCGCCGGUGAAGUCGCCACUCAGGAAACAGCAGACAACACUGGAGCAGCAGACGUUUGCUUUGAGCUGGGAGAGCCAGAGGACCCGAUCUGGCCUCCUCCUGCUUGUAGCAUGUUUGGGAAAAGCUCUGUUGCAAUGCAGCCGCAAAUAUCUCUUUUCGCCCCUCGUGCUGAGCAAUAUGCUGCUCCUGGAAAUACAGACAGUCAAUACAACUCUUCAUCAGCCGCAGCAGAGGGCAUUGCAGAUGAUUCCUUAAGUGUGCCGAUAAAGGUCGAGGUAGAGAUUCACUCCAUGUGCAUGGGAGGUAACACUUUAGAGUUGGGAGGUACCACUUUAGAAUCUGUAGCUAAUGAACAGUUCAGACACGCUUCACACCCUGCAGUCAGUCAGGACCUGUGCUCGCAACAGGCUGGGCCAUCACUAGCCCCGCCCCAUCCACAGAGGGCCACAGCAGCCAGUUUAGGGUCACACACAGAGGAUCACAUCCUCAAUAGGAACCACCUGAGAGCCAAAAGGCUAAUGAACGUUUGGAGAACAAAUCAGAAACUGUUCAUCUGCUCGGUCUGCAACAGGGGCUUCCCUCGCAUGUCUCAGCUUGAAGAACACAAGGCCUCCCACCAACUCUUCAAACCUUUCAGGUGCCUCGAAUGCGGGAAAUCGUUCACCCAGAAGACCCGGCUGAAGACACACCAGAGUGUGCACACGGGAGAGAGGCCCUUCAGUUGCAAAAUCUGUGGCAAGAUGUUUUCCAGGCAGGACAACUGCCUGAGGCACGAGCGCUUCCACAGCGGGCUGAAGCCGCACAGCUGCGGACAGUGUGGCAAAAGCUUCACUGUGCUGGGUAACCUCAAAAUCCAUCAAGAGAUUCACCUGCAAGGAAGGUAGCGCUCAGGAGACUAUUUGACCGGUGCACUUUGACAGUUUGAAUGCAUCGAACGCAGCCAUCAUUGUAUACUAGGGGUGUAAAUCAUCAAUUUUUAAAAUCACAAUACCAUUUUAUAUUGACUCUUUGGACAACAAUAUGAUAUUUUCCGAUAUCUUAAAAGUCUCACUAUACCAUUUUGAUUGUAUUCAGGGGCCUGCUAUUGAUUUGAGACUAUAUGAUUAAAGUCCAUAUAGCACAAUUCCAUUUAUUUAAACUCUGAAGAAGCAGCUAAAAUAUGAUUUGACAAUUUUAGUACUGACAUCUUCCAGACAUUUCAGUAAAACAAUAAAUACAAAGUGGGGAUCUAAAAUACAGAAGCAUCUUACAGAUGAUCUGUAUUGACAUCUUAACUUUGCAUUGAUCGCAUUGGAUCGUGGAUCAUUGAGUCGAUAGAUCCUCCCAGAUAAUCGUAUCGUUACACCCCUAUCGUUAUCGUUACACCCCUACCUUUGCAGGGAGCAAAGCAGGGUUUCUGGCAGUGGUCAUGGAAACAUUUGACAGUUAUGUUUACAAAUUGCUGUAACCAGUGUACUGCAUAUAUUCCAGACUUAUCAUAUUGCCCAAGCAUACCUCGGAUACUACAAGACAUACUAUAUUUACACUUGUAGUUGUGAAACUCAUAAUGGGGAUUUCACCUUGGAAUCCGGUAGUGGUGUGGGGUUUUUGGGGCAGUUUUUGAUUAGAGAUAGAUUUACAGCCAUGCAACAGUUUCCUGCAACAAGCCAAUGCACUUUAUUAAGCAGGUUGGGUGUCUGCCAUGACUAAAUACACUCCUUUGUCAAUGUCAUAGAAUGUGAGUUGUGCUGCCAGUAAAAUAAGUUUAGUAACUGCGGGCUGCGGACUCAGUAUUUUUCUUAGCGUGUGUCACCUUAGAUAAUAAUAAUUUUAUUUAGUUCCAUUUCAUUUCAGAAAAAAAAGAACAGUUAUUAGAUCAGUACCCAGCACUUCAGGUAUAGGAAUCUGUAUCGGGGGAG